AAUUUGGAGUCCAGUGAGCAGGAGCUGGCGCGUCUCCAGAGCCUUUGUGAAGGUAAAAAGUGACAACUAUGUAUUGUUGAUUUCCUGAUUUCCUAUUCCUGCCCCCAGCCCAGCCUCGAGCAGCCUUUACUGUUGCCCUGAUGGAUGGGGGUUCUUAACCUGGAAACUACGGGCCUUUCCCUGACCUUACGAUAAUGCCAAACAGGAAGGUCUUUGCAAACGUUGGCAAUGGCUACAACCCUGCAACAGGUAGGUGUGCUACCUGUUGUAUACUAAUUAUCAUUGAAUGAUGGUGCAGGCGACCCUAAAGAGCUAAAACAAAGCCUGCAUGAAGGUAGUUGGAAGUUGGCUAUUUUAAGCAGAAGUUGUCACAGGAAGUAGCCAACUGCUACAUUAUUACACUACCACACACAAAUAUCAUGUCCGCAAAUAUCCGUCCUUUCCCAAAGAAUGUAUUGGACAGUGUUUCUGACGCAGGUCUAUAAAAGUAGAGGGGAGAGGAGCAGAGGAACAGAGAGAACACAGAACAGAAGCAUGAGCAUGAAAAGGCUUUCAGUGCUGCUUCUGGCCAUGUGCUUGGGCCUUUUGGAGGCACAGGUUUCCUUUGAAGAUAACGGAACCAACCGACUGACUUCAAUGUCACAGGAGGAGAGACUGGCAGCCCUGGAGAGAAGGUUGGAAUCCAGUGAGAAGGAGGUGUCACAUCUCAAGAGACUGAUUGGAGCCCCGCCUGCAAUAGCUUUUUCUGUUGCCCUGAUGGAUAAGGCUACUAAACCCGGAGACUACGGGCCUUUUGCCUACCGUACGAUACUGCCAUACAGGAAGGUCUUUGCAAACGUUGGCAAUGGCUACAACCCUGCAACAGGCACGUUCACCGCUUACGUCAGGGGGAUGUACUUCUUUCGCUUCACCAUGUUCACCAGCGCCACCCCUAAAUCUGCAGCAUGCAUCUGGAAGAACAAUGUGUUUGUGGUGUGUCUGUGGGACGUCAAGGGGUACAUUGGGGCAGACACGGGCAGCAACGCAGUGGUCUUACCGAUGGGGGUGGGAGACCGCGUUAGCGUAAUGCUUGAGCCGAACAUGACAGUAAAUGACAAUCAAUCGCACCUAAACACUUUUAGCGGUUUCCUGCUUUUUCCCAUGUGAAUCAAAUUGUUGACUGGCUUUUGUUAAUCUGUAAAAAAAAUGUCAUGAAAAAAAAGAUUGCAAUAAUCCGAACCACCUAUAAUAAAUCUAUAAAAAGUCUUUA